UAGACAUACGGGUGCUUGCCAAGGUGAAUAUUGCUUCUAUUUUGUGUUGAGUUCAACGUUUUACUACUAGGUAGUUUGUACCACGAUGUCGUUCAUAACAAGGCAAGCAAUCCGCAGAUUUAGUGCUGCAGCUACUACAGACCACGGAGCCGGUUCAAAGACCUGGAAGAUACUGACCUUCGUCGUGGCAUUGCCAGGAGUGGCAGUCUGCAUGAUCAACGCAUACCUGUACGAGAAACACCACUUGGCUCACCCACACCAGCCAGAGUUCCACGAGUAUGAGCACUUGCGCCUGCGAACCAAGAGGUUCCCGUGGGGAGACGGAAACCACUCGAUCUUCCACAACCCGAUUCUGAAUGCUCUUCCGGACGGUUACGAAGUAAAGGUGGAGAGCCACGAUGAGGAGCAUUGAGCAGCAGUGCGUUAUCCGUAGUCGUUAGCAAAUGUCGUGUAUAUUACACUCAUAUUAGCAAGAUUGUGCAGCCGGUGUACAAAUCAAACUUACUACUGGUACAAUAGAGAGUCACUGUUCUAGAACGUGCUAACGACAUUUUCAUUCCUUCAAACGGUUAUGAGUCAUGGAUUCUACAUUUUGGUAUGAAAGGUGGUGAUACAUGAUUCACUGUGAAAUCUGUUGAUGCUUUUUUUAAUUGUUAACUGAUAGUUUCCUAUUGCUAAGCACGUGUAAAGUGAAACGGUGAUCUAGAAGGAGAAUAAAGUUUAAAGUUA